GGGAAAGGCAUUCAGUGGUAAACCACUCAACUACAAGAAAAAUAUACAAUCAAAAACAAUGACUGUAGGAACGCGUUUUAACUUUUCGUGAUAUUAUUGUACAAAAUUUUAGGUAAACUCAAUAUUUCAUUGCGGUAACGUCGCUCGUUUUAUUUUUCGAGAAAAUGAACAGUCUUAGAUUCGUGGUUUCUUUUGAUGAUUUGUGCUUAUUUAAGUGUUUCAAGUGCUCAUUUUAUGAAUAUAUUUAAAGCAAAUUUCACCAAAAGUUAAAAGAGGCUGUUGUAAAAAUGGUAUCAACUCAGGGAGAAAUUAGAGUAGGGCCUUCUCAUCAAGCAAGACUUCCUGAAUUCCGAGCCAAUGCGGGUAGUGGUGAUGCUGAUCCUGAACUAUCUAAGGAAAGAGAGGAACUGCGAUGGGCCCCAGCGAUGACUCUUGACUGUGAUCUUCUUAUGUAUCUUCGGGCUGCUCGAUCAAUGGCUGCUUUUGCUGGAAUGUGUGAUGGAGGUUCAGCAGAUGAUGGUUGCAUUGCAGCAUCAAGGGAUGACACUACUCUUAAUGCCCUUGAUGUUCUACAUGAUUCUGGUUAUGAUCCUGGUAAAGCAUUACAAGCAUUAGUUAAAUGUCCUGUGCCGAAAGGAAUAGAAAAAAAGUGGUGUGAGGAAGAAACAAAACGAUUUGUAAAAGGCCUUCGUCAAUUUGGAAAAAAUUUCUUUCGAAUUAAAAAAGAUCUUCUUCCACAUAAAGAUACUCCGGAAUUGGUAGAAUUUUAUUACUUAUGGAAGAAGACUCCUGGUGCUAACAAUAACAGACCUCAUCGGAGAAGGCGACAAGGUUCUUUAAGGAGAAUCAGGAAUACAAGGAAUUCGCCCCGUUCUGGAACUGGAACAAAAGAAGAACCACCUGCUGUUGGAGGUUCCAGGCCUUCUCCAAAUCCUAAUGAAAAAGGUGAAGGAAGUUCUGGAAGUGAAGAAGAUAAUUCUGAAGAUGAUUCUGAUUCAAGGGAUAAUGCGUCUCUCCGUUGUCAACAUUGUUUUUCAACUAAUUCCCGAGAUUAUCAACACUCAGGACCUAAGGAUAGAACGUUGCUCUGUGCAGAGUGCAGAGCUCAUUUUAAGAAGUACGGCGAGCUUCCACCCUUGGCAAAUAAUCACAAUAACAAUAAUAAUGGUACAAAUUCGAAUAGCAAUUCAAAUAGCUCUGGUCGAGAAACACCAUAUCUUUUUCGUCCUGUUCAAUCCGAUAGUCCAGAUGGCUCACCUGGAAGAAUGCGUACGAGAAACAAAACAAAAGAAACUCCAUCAAAAAGCAAUGGAACUGCAAGGCCAAAAAGAAGUGGUACUAACACUCCUGAUGAAUUAGACAAAAAAGGUGCCAAAUCACCUAGUGCGUCGAGCACUUGUUCUAAUUCUCCGAGUGAUAAGACUAAUAAAAAGAAGGGUAAGGGAGACACUCCUACCAAGAAUCGAAAACGAAAUGCUGAGAAUAGUGAAGUUGAAGAAGAUGUAUCCAUAUUUAAAAGAAAAAGGGAAAGAGCCGAUAGUCCAUGUGAAAGUUUAACAACAGAUAGUGGUUCAGUAGCUGAUGAUGCUGAACCAGGUACAGAGGAUACUGGCGAUACUACUCAGCAAAACCUUCAGAAUCCUCAAUUAGUCACAAUGCCGGAGGAAGAAAUUAAAAAAGAGCCACCUAAUGAUGAAGGGUUCAAUCUUUCUAUGAUGUUGGAUCUACCAGAAAGGAGGACGCCUUCUCCUACUGUACCUGAUCCACAGCCAGUCAUCUCUGUCAAAGAAGAACCUGUGAAGGAAGAAUUUCCAUCUUCUCCAUGUCCUUAUGUAUCCACUAAGGAAGAUGAAAAAAGUUCCUCAGAGUCGCUUCCUGAAAGUGAUUUCAAACCAAAAACAGAAGAAUUUCUUUCUACAGUUCAACAGACUACAAAAUCCUUAGAACCAGGUAGUGGCCCUCUUCCUAAAGCUUUUGAAGACAUUCCAUCACCUGGAAAGUUGUCUGUAAAGAAAGAAGGGUUGUUUGAAAACACAGAAAAUGUGAUGAUACCCGUGCUUCCUGUAACUAUGGAAACCAUUGUGCCAAAAGAAGAACCUCCAGCUACAGGUACCACAACAACAGCUACCCAAAGUAGCGACAGCUUUGUUUCUUCAAAUUCCUCAUCUACUACAAGUAAUUCUAGUACUUCCCUACCACUGCCUCCACCAACAUCCACAAUUAAAGUCGAACCUGGACUAAAUGAAGAGUCUCAAUGUUCACAAACAGAAAGAUCUUCUGAAUCAACGAAUGAAAAUCCAUCAAAUUCUGCUGACCCUCCAUCGCAGUCUCCUAUUCAGUUGACUUCUUAUCCACCGAAUGUCAGCACUCCUCCAGCUCCUCCAGUCACUGAAAGUGGAAAGCAGUCUCCUUUAGCCCAAUCAAUUCUUGUUCCUGCUUAUCCUUCAAUAGACCAUGAUAAAUCAUCUUCCCUUAAUUUACCUUCUGUACCGACACAACAUAAUCCAUUUGCACAAUUUUAUCAUCCACAUUUUCAUCCUCAUUCAAGAAUGAAUGAAAAAAUACCUUCAUCACCACCUUAUCCUAUCAUUCAAAACGAACCUCAAAAUUUGAAAAUUAAGCAGGAAGUAAUCGCCCCUGAUCAAAUACCUCCUACAACGGAUCCGUUACAGUCACUCAAAGAAGUUAAAGUGCCAGGGUAUAGUGGUACUUCAAUAUCUCAACCUUUAUUACCUACUACUUCCAGUUCAUCUAUGACAUCUCACAGUGAACCCAGUAGGUCUGAUUCUAACCCUCCAAAUUCUCCUUUCUUAGGCCCAUCUAUUGAAAAUAUUAAGAAGGAACCUGAAUUUAUUCAAAACAGGCCUAACACUCCAAUGAAAUCGCCAGUCUCCCGUAUUACUGAAUCUUCUAGUUCACCUGCUCCUGUCUCUCGUUCACAAGGAUCACCAUUUCCUCCUCCACCACCUCCACCGACCACUGUUUCCACUUUAAUAGCUCCAUCACCAACACAUCCCACUCCUACAUCAAUACCUCAACCUGUAAUGCAUCCUUCCCAACAACCUUCGCCAUUAAGUAGAGUGUCUCCACACCUUCCUCAUCCUCAUGCAUUUGUCCCAGCUAUGCAUCAUCACCAUCCCCUUAUGCAUCAUUCUCUCCUGGCUGCAGCAGCUGCACAUGCUGCUGCUGUCCAUCACAAUCCAUAUCACCCUCAUCAUCCUUAUUACCCUUAUCCAUUUCCUUAUGGUCCAUAUCCCAUUCCGCAACCGAUUCCGCCUCCUUCACGUGAUGGCAAGCCAUUAGAGUCGGCAACUAUGAUGACAUCACAUUCUGUUACAUCUAGAUCUAUUAGGGAAGUUGAAACAAGAGAUGAAUCUUUGAAUCAUCAUACCACUCAAGAAAUAACUCAAACACACCAUCAACAUACAACUUCAUCAACUCUUCUCCAUCAUGGAGAAAAAUCUUCUAACCAAGGGCAGGGUUUGACAAUAUCUCAUUCAACUACUUCUAGUAGUUCAUCUAGCGUUCAGCACAAAAUCAACUCCAGUAAGCGGAAUGGUAGCCCAUCACUGCAGCCAACUCCACAACAGGUUUCUGCUCAUGUAUCUGCUACGGUUUCCCAGACAACCUCUGCGUCGCUGUCUACCAAUCAUGGACAAGGCCAUCACUCUCACCACCACCAACAUAGCCAUCAUCACCACCAUCAUCAGAAUGCAAGCGGUGAGAGGCUAUCUCCUUCUUCCCUCAUCAUUCCUGGAGGUGCUAAUUUGGGCCGAAGUAGUAGCAGUGGCAGUGAUCGCAAGGCCCAUACUAGCCUCUUUGGAAGCAGUUCCCUUCAUCAUCCUCUUGCCUUGGCCCCUCAGAAUUCUUUAGAGGCUCUAAGAGCGCAUGCCCAAGCCGCAGCAAUUCAGUCCUCUUUACCUUCAUCUCAUGGUACACCCCCAGGAUAUGCUGGGUCAUCUGAUUUACUGAAAUCAGAACCAAUUACAGUUUCAAGUGACGAGGCCGGAGGGAAUGGUGAUGAUGAAGAAGUACCUUCUCCUCCUCAUCAUGUGCCUCGUGGCCCAAGUCCUGAACCAAAAAUCGAAGAUACCGAGUGUCAUAGAUCUCAAAGUGCAAUAUUUUUACGUCAUUGGAAUCGUGGCGAUUACAACUCCUGCUGUAGGACUGAUUUAACAUUUAAACCUGUUCCGGAAUCCAAAUUAGCUAGAAAAAGAGAAGAAAGACUACGUAAACAAGCUGAGAAGGAAAGAGAAGAGAGAGAAAAAGUACAAGCUAGAAAAAUAGCAACACCUGAGAAGCCUGAAACAUCAAAACCUCCAUCAAGAGGAUCUCUUGAACCUCUUUCAUCUCCUUAUGAUAGGUUCAAUCCUCGGACCAAUUAUCCUGACUCUCCUUCCCUCAGACAGUUGAGUGAAUAUGCAAGGCCUCAUGGUGGUUUUUCUCCUGUAACUCUCCAGAGAUCAGCUGCCCUCGGCCUCCCGCCUCAGUGCAUAGAUCCUAUGCUUCAUUACCAAAUGUAUGCUUCAGCUGGGGCUAGAGAAAGACUUGAGCUGGAGCAGUUUGAGCGAGAGAAGCGGGAGAGGGAGAUCCGUGAGCUGAGAGAGCGUGAACUGAACGACCGACUCAAGGAAGAGCUCAUGAAGAGUACUUCUGCCUCACGACUCCCCAACAGUCUUGACUCCCAUUGGAUAGACAUGCAUAGGAGAUGGGCUGGUCCAGGAGGCCCUCUUCACCAGUUUGGGUUAUAUCCUUCACCUGGAGCGCCUGGUCAACCCCCACCACUUUCUCAUUUAGAGAGGGAUCGCUUAGAAAGGCUAGCGACAAUGACGGGGGCUGGUGGCGGAGGUAGCAGUAGUGGAAGUGGAGGGGCAGGUGUUGGAUCUGGUAGCAGCGCUGAGGAGAGGCUGGCUCUGGCGACAGAUCCUAUGGUGAGACUGCAGAUGGCGGGGAUAUCCCCUGAAUACCAUGCGCACACACAUGCUCACACCCAUGCCCACACCCACCUCCACCUCCAUCCAGGGCAGGCUCAACCUCCGACUCAACCGCAGCCAUCUGCAUCCUCAACUCCCCAGCAGCCUCCAGGUCCGCCCUCGCCCUUCUCCAUACCAGGUACAACUGGUGCUUAUCCUCGCCCUAGUUUGUUGCCUCCUAGGGAGGCCCUUGGGCUUCAUCAUCCUUCAGAUCUCUUAUCGCGGCCUUAUGCUGACCAGUUGGCUCAUCAGGCUGCUGCUCAUGAACAUUUGCAGCGACAAAUGCUAAUGGAAAGAGAAAGAUAUCCUCACCCUUUUGCUGCGCAGCAUGAAGAGUUCUUAAGACAAAGGGAGAGGGAAUUAAAAGUGAGAGCUCUUGAAGAUGCUGCAAGGGGUGCCAGACCCUGAACUGACUACUUUCGGUAGAUUCUUCGCACAAAGAAGCAUUCAUUCAAUAGAUUGAAAUUAACAGUGUAACGAUCCCUGUGAAGUAUAGAACACCAAAGAACUGGUUUGCAGGACAAGCUCUAAGAGUCUCUUCGUCUUCACUCCUUUAUAUUAUAGCUUAGGGUUGCUAUUUUUAAAUUUCAAAUUCGCAACCAUGUAUCUCUCUUAUCACUUAAGGAUUUAGGUUUUAAUUUUUCUCUUGUUUUAGCAUUUUUAUUUUAUUUUAUUGUGAUAAUUAGGAACAAUUUAUAAUUUUAAGUGCAGUCAAUAAUAAUAUCUUCAUAUUAGUUAAGAUAAUGUUUUAUUUAAAAUUGUAAAUAUGGUUUUAUAUAUAUUCACUAAAAAAUGUUUACUAAAGAAUAAUUACUUCUUUAAAUUAUGUUUUUUUUAAAUUCCGAAUUUUGCUUUUUAUAAUUUAUUUUAGAGAAAAGGCUUUAUUAUCCAUGUAUAGUCAACUGUUUUUAUACAUAACUAAUUUAUAGAAUAUUAAGUUGUAAAUGUGGAGGAUUUGUAAAUAAAUAAUUAAAUAUUAUAUUCUUAUGAUUAUUUAAAUGUUUAAAUAUAUACUUAAAAGUAUGAUUAAGUAGAUGUAAUAUUUGUGAUUUAAAUACUAAAUUACAAAGAUCUUAAUAUCAGAAGAGAUAUUUCAUGAAUUAAAAAAAGUAUUUUAAAAGUAACUCUUUUAUAAGAUGGUAAAAUCUUAGGGGGGUAAAUUGUAUAUAUACUUAUAUAUAUAUAUAUAUUGAU